CGCGUCGCCAUUUAUUUUGAGAUCAAACAUAUUUCACAAAGAUAUUUCAAAAAUUCACUAAUUUUUGAAUAAAAGCGUUGUAAACUGGAAAACAGCGACAGUUUGCCAACGGCUACGCAGCGCGAAAUAUUGAAAUCAAAAUUGGAAAAAAGGAAAAUAAUCUGCUUAGCGAAAAAUUGUGCGCUCAAUUGAGUGGUAGACGUGUGCAAAAAAAAUAAGAAGAAAGUGUUUUGACUUGGAAAAGGAUUAACUGUGCCAUUUCGGAAAAUAAAAAUAAAAUACAAAAUAAAUUAUAUUAUUUAAUAAAAAAUAAAAAUAAAUAAAAAUAAAUAAAGUGAAAUUGCAAUUCUUUGCACGAGUGAUCUAGUUAACUCUAAAACAUUGUUGAUAUUAAAUUCAAUUUUUCCUUUUUUUCGCUUAACACACACCAACAACCAAAAUGAUUUGUCCGAAGCGCACUGCCGAAUUAAUCACACUACACCUGGCACCCUUCAAGGAUACCGAUCCUGCCUGGGAGAUAGGUGUUUCAAAAAUCGCUGGACGUGGUAUUUUCACUACACGCGAACUUAAACGUGGUGAUAUUAUCUUCCGCGAUAGUCCACUACUUAUCGGUCCCUCCGCUCGCGCCGAGGAUACAUUGAAUUCGUGUUCGGUUUGUUUUAAAAUGUUGCCUGAUACGAAAUUUAUGUGUCGCCAAGGUUGUGGUCUACCCGUUUGCUCGUUGUGUGGUAAAAAGCAACAACACAAAGCCGAUUGUACUCUCUUCAAGUCAUGGAAACCCUGCGAACCGGAUGUAGCCAAUUCAUUACUCAUUCGUUUGCUUUGCGUUGGGCGCGCCAUCAAUUUGUCGAAGGAUCAACGUGAUCUUGUCUAUUGUUUGCAAGCAAAUUUAGAUAAUAAUCAUCGUACUGAAGUGCGUAAUGCCGCUAAGGGCUUUCAUGAGUUCCCCACCGAUAAAAAAUUGAUUGAGAUUAUGAAUCGUACCGUGGCUGUGCUGCGUACGAAUGGUUUUGAUGAGACCUCGGAUCGUUCAAAUGAUAAUCAAGAGUUUCUAUAUCGCGCUUUAUUUCCACUUUUCGCCAUCAUGAAUCACGAUUGCAUUCCCAAUUCAUAUUAUACGUUCGAGGAUAAGACCAGAAAUAUGAUCGUGCGUGCCUCAGUCGAUAUACCAGCUGGCACGGAGGUUACCACUACGUACACCAAGCUAUUCACGGGCAAUAUUGCUCGUCAUUUAUUUUUGAAAAUGAAGAAAGGAUUCACGUGCAAGUGUUCGCGUUGCUCCGAUUCAACGGAAAAAGGUGCCUUCAUCUCUGCGCUCUACUGUCGUGACACCAAUUGUACUGGUCUGGCUGUGCCUGAGACCACCGGUUUGCCCCAUCCCAAUUGGAAUUGUUUGGUUUGUAAACAAAAAUCUACGCAUGCGCAAAUGGUAAAAUCACAAGAUUUCGCAUCGGGCGCAAUUAGCUCCAAAUUCAAUUCGAAGUCAUUGAAAUCGGUGGUGCUCUAUCUAAGAGACAAAAGCUCCAGCUUUAUACCCGAUAGUAAUUAUGUUGUAAUCGAUGCAAAAUUGCAAGUAAUUGCACGCUUAUCGAAGAGUCGAGAAGAUUGUGGCGAUGAAGAGGCGGCGUCGAAGGCAAAAUUCUGUGAAGACUUAUUGGAGAUUAUGGACAAGCUCGGUUUGGGCGAUUGUGUGAUGCGUACCUAUUUGGAAACGGAGAAGGCGAAGGAGGUGAAGUAAGCGACUCAAAGCUGCAAGCAGAAGGAGAGCAGAAAUGAAUGUAUUUUUUUUGUUAAAAACGCAGAUUUUCUUAAGCUGCUGCACAAUGUUAUGGUAAAGAAAAGUUAUGUUUAUAUACAAAGAAAAAAUUGUUUAAACAAUUUUAAAAAAUGUUGGCAUACUUUAAAAAUAUAUUACAUUUUGUUU